CAAGCCGUGUGCAUUCUUUCAGUGCAAACAUAUUCUUCACUUAAACAUAUGAAUAUCUUCAUCACGCUUGAGCUUGUGCUAUAGUUCCUGCUUAAAGCAUGCAAGCAUUUUUUCCUGACGAUAGCAACUUCGCAUAAUCACGUUUGAUAGUCUUUCAAAAAGGUCGAUCUGGAAAGGCUACCUGGCUUGCGGGGGGUUCGGCAGCGGUCAACGAGGAGCGAGGAAGGCGCCAACCUAACUUAGCAGUGACGCUCUGCCUCGGUAUCAACUGAAGAUGAUGUUCAAAAGUACAAGUAGCAGCACGUUCACCAGCUAUGACAGCGCCACAAUGGACGUGGGUGACCGGGAUACGUCAAGGCCAUUCCUACGAUUCAACGCCAAGCCCGAGCCCGCGCCCGCUCAGCUGCAUCCCAGCGACAGCUCGAUGCUCGACCUCACAGUCCCGCUUAACCAUGCAACCUCGUUAGUACGGCGCGUAUUCAGCGAGGGGCUUCUCCUCCUUCGACUUGCCAUCCGGCUCUGGACGUAUCUGGGUGUAGGCUGGAAGUGGUCCAUCCAGCUGGUCCGGCUGGUGCUGUACGCCUGGCUGCUGAUGCCGGGAUUCAUCCAGAUGAUUGCCUUCUACGUGUUCAGCCCGCGUGUACGACGCAGCGUGGUGUACGGGCCGAAGCCCCGGCAGCGGCUAGAUCUCUACUUCCCGCCCGACAUGCGGCCACACGCGCGCUACCCCGUGGUCAUCUACGUUACAGGCGGCGCCUGGACCAUCGGCUACAAGGCCUGGGGUGCGCUACUGGGUCGGCGGCUGAGCGAGCAGGGGGUGCUGGUGGCCUGCCUGGACUACCGCAACUUCCCGCAGGGUGACGCGCUGGACAUGCUUGAGGACGUGAACACGGGCAUCAGCUGGGUGCUGGGCCGCUGCCACCGCUGGGGCGGCGACCCCGACUGUGUGACGCUGGUGGGGCAGAGUGCGGGCGGACACCUGGCGGGACUGGCGCUCAUAAAGCAGGCCGAGCAAUGCGCCCUGGGCACCCCCGCCCUGGGUGCCUGCCCCGCCUGGUCUCCCACCUGCCUGCGCGCCUUUGUCGGCGUGUCCGCCGCAUUCGAUCUGCGAGCCCUAGCGGAGCACCUGCACCGCCGCGGCCUGUACAAGAACCUCUUUGAGCGCAUUAUGUCGUUAACCACAACCGACGACAACGGUAACGGUUGCGGUAAUAGCAACGACAUGGCGCCAGCUGGUGGGCAGGAUGGCGGUAACGGCAACAGCAGUGGCAUUGGCAACACCGGCAGCAACGGCGCUGAUUGCAGCGAGGGGACUGCGUGCAAUGUCGGCAACCACGGCAGUGGCUACAGCCUUGUCGAUUGCGCAUGUGAUUGCGAUUGCAACUGUACUGUUCAACAGCGCUGCAAGAGCAAGAACGUCACCACCACCAGCGGCGGCAGCGGCGGGUGCCCUGGAACUGCGAGCAAUGCGCAAUCAGCCACUCACUGCACCAACAGCAGCAACAUCAGCAGUAACCUUGACGGUGGUGCAAACGGGAUUAACUGCGCACGCCUCCCAGCGGCACUGUACGAUGAAAUCCAGCCGGAAGGUUCCAUUGCCAACGGCUACACCAACGGCCGCACCGGUGCCACCGGAGGCAACAGCAAAAACCUCAACAACCGCACCAACGGCUCUACCACCACCAAUUCCAACAACGGAGGAAGCGGCGGUGGUGGGUCUUGGUUGGCAGGAAUCAGCGGUGUUGCAGGGCUCAGCGGUGUGGGGACAAGCCAUGACGCCAGCGGAUGCAAGGGCGGGGCGCAACCAGCCUAUGAGGCGCUGUCACCGCUGGAGGCGGCACGUCGGCUGCCGCCCGGUGCCGCAGCCAUGCUGCCGUACGUGCUGCUGAUCCACGGUACAGCAGAUAAGACGGUGCCGGCGGAGGGCAGCGCGAGGUUACAUGAAGCACUCAAGUCCGCCGGCGCCCCGCACUCCCGCUGUCUGCUGGUCCCCGGCAAGACGCACACCGCCUUCCUGCUGGAGGACCCCAUGCGGGGCGGCAGGGACCUGCUGAUGGACACCGUGCUCGCGGCGGUGCGG